AUUCGCGGAAUUCGCAUCAUUCAGCCCAAAGCGUCUCUCGUACAAGUCCCUCUUCCUCUGCACGAAGCGGCGGUAGAGCUGGUAGAGACUGACGCCGGACUGCGGGAGCAGGCUGACCCCUGUGCCCAGGGCCCGCGCCGCCUGCGUUGCGUACGCCUCCGCCGCCAUCUGCGCGUGCAGCGGGACGUCCAGCAGGCUGCGCUGGCCGCGCCCCGCUGCGCCGUGCAGGGCUGCCACCAUCUCGGCGGCGAGGCCCUCGAACGCCGCAGGGGGGCGGUUGCGUGGGUCGGCAGACGACCAGUGUUCGCAGAGCAACAUCUCCAAGAGUCGGACGAGUUUGUUUGUGUAGGAAGGGCAGAUCUCGUCCACCCCGUCUAUGAAGACUGCAAUGUCCCCCGAGUCGAAAAGCGCAGCCUUGAGGCACCUCUGCGUGGACUCAACCGAACUCGACGAAGUCGCGAUGCCCGCCGCCGCAGCCAGCAGCUGCACUAAGUGCUCUUGCGUCAAGUCUGUCACGCAAAGAAGUCGACGUAAGACUCAUGGGUUCAACAUCACUGAUCUGGGACUUUAAGUAAUCAAGUAAAGUUUAUAAUUGUACGAAUGUAAUAAGGCA